AUGAAUAAUCCACUACCGAAAACACCUCGACCGGCAAUGGCAAAGCCGGCCUUGCCGAAGUCUGACUAUCAUACCCGAGUCCCGCCGACUUCAACGUUCAGACCUUCGUGCACCCAUCUAACGAUGACCCGCUUGUAUGAUCCCAAUCUCGUGAGCUUCGACUUGAUUGGCGCAUCGUUCUCGGACAACUUAACCGUUCGUCCUCGGAGUCCUGAGAGCCGAUCAGAUAGACUCAGUUUCUUCAGUGAGAUUACGCCGGAGCAAUUCAAAUCGUACACACCCGAGCAGAUCCGCACCAUCUUGAGCCAGAGGGAACAUGUCCUCAAAGUUGCCAACGAGGACUCGUCCGGAAUCGAGCCUCCCCCGGGAUUCGAGCACAUGAGUGGUACUAAGGCUUGGGUCCCUGCCGAACAUGAAGAGUGCCAGUUCAAGUGCUGCGUGAGAUGCCGUCCUUCAGCUGAAAGCAGAUCUUUCCUUAAUCUCGACGAGAUUGUCAAUGGCGUUAUUCCACCCUCUGCGGCUAUCGGAUUCAGCUUUCAACGUUGUGGGCGACCAGUUAUUCAUCCGAGCAGACUGGAGAACAUCGGAUUGAGACCUGUACUCUGGCCUAGAGCCUAUGCCUCGACGAUCCUCUCCUCUGUGUCUUCGAUGGACACCUUCAGUUACUCGUCUUUGGAAGGCGAAACGAUUGCAGACGCAGAGCACAUUCAACUCGCCCAAUCCGUGUCAUCUCAAGGCAGUUCCUCGGUCGAAUCCGGAACCACGGAAGAGCACCAUCUAUCUGACACCACCAUGUCUCCUUGUCAUACGCCCAGGUUAUCUAAGGAAGACACGAAGUCUACCGUAUUCACCGCUUGCUUGACGCCUCUUCCUCCUGCCGCAGAGGAGGAACAGACGGUUCUUGGAGAACAUUCGACUAAGAUGAUGGAUGAGGAGAUGGAGGAAGGACGAUUCCACAAGGAGCCUCUAGAAGUUGACCAUGGUGUGGCGUUUUCGGAAGAGGGAGUCGGCCUAGGACUUGCGGACGUUAAAGAGGACUCGCGCUGGAAUACGAGCAGGACUAUCAUGAAUACUGCUACUAGAUGGGCUAGGAGUAGCAUGAAGCCUUUACACUCGCCGUCGUAUUCUACAAAUUCGCACCAGGUCACGGCGAAAUGGCUGCAGCGCAUCCUAGAAGACCACUCCGAGCCCCCGAGGUUAUACGCCUGGACACCGGCGAAUCUAUCUCGUGAUACGAAUCAGAAUCAUACUGGUAUGCCACUGCAGGUAUUAAGCGCAAGCGAGGAACGCCGCAGGAUAUACAUCCUCGGCGUCGGCAACCUCGGCCGUCUGUACGCCAUCUGUCUCGCCAAGGCCCCCGAUAGACCCCCCAUCACGCUCGUCGUGCAUAGGAAGGAACUCCUGGCUCACUGGCGCGAUAGCCCUGGUGUUGAGAUCGUGCGGAAUGAUGGGGAGUCGGAAAGGGAUGCGGGGUUCGAUGUUGAGUGGUGGACGGAUGUUAAGCCGGAUUUCGGGGCGGUUAGGGAGCCGGGUUUCAGCUUAUAUUCGGAUUCUGAGCUAGGCAAAGUCGAAGGCGAAAGCAGAGAUGGAGGUAUGGGAGGAGGCGGAGGUAGAAGUAAGGGUAUCAGAAACCUGAUAGUAGCGACCAAGGCCGCGGAUGCGAUGCCCCAGGUCGACCGCGUGAGGGGGUAUCUAAGCGACGGGGCGGAGGUCGCGUUCUCCCAGAACGGAAUGUGCAAGCUUUGGCCCCCGCUGGGCGAGGCGUAUGUCGCACAUAGAUGGGGUGGAGAUGGGGGAAGUCCGAGGUGGUGCGCUUGUGUCACGACGCAUGGGGUUACGGCGCUAGCCCCGUUUCGCAGCUUGUUGGCUUCGCCGGCGGGGGUGGCGGUUGGUGUUGUUGGGGUUGGGGCUGGGAAGGGGACGGAGGAGGAGUAUCUGAUUGAGAGGAUUUUGGGGGCACCUGGGUUAGCGGCGAAGAGGGUUGGGACGGGGGAGUUGUGGGUUGCGCAGUUGGAGAAGUUGGUGGUUAAUUCGGUGAUUAAUCCGUUGACGGCGGUGCUGCGGUGUAAGAAUGGGGAGGUCUUUGAGGAUAGGGGGGAUGGGGUCCUGGAUGUGGUUGAUGUGUUGCUGGAGGAGGCCGGGAGGACGCUGAGGGGGCUGAUAGGGGAUAAGAGUUCGGAGGGGGUUCUCUUGUCAGGGGAAGGGGAUGGGGGUAAAGGGAUAGGGGGAAGUGAGGAAGAAAGACUUGAGAAGGUGAGAGAGGAGCUUGUGGAGAGGUUCUCUUUUUCAAAGUUGCGAGUCAUGUUGUACAGUGUCGGUGAGAAGGUGGCAGAGAAUACGAGCUCGAUGCUACAGGAUGUUAGAGCAGGGAAGAAGACUGAAAUCGAAGAUUUCAAUGGUUGGUUAGUAGAGACGGCAAGGUACCUCGAUGAUGAGGACGGGCUCCCGGCGCAUGAGAAGUUGAUUGCUUUGGUUUUAGAUGGGAAAGCACUGACGAGGGGUGAAUUGGUUAGACAUUUCCUUGGGAGUAAAGUAAAUAGUUGA